AUUUCAAAACUGGAGCUUUCUCUCCUCAAAAUGGCGUCGUUUUUACUCCGUCGCGCUUCCUGUAGCGCCACCAGGAUCCUGUCGUCCGCACUCUCUCUGCCAACCGCCACCGUAAUCCCCAAAUCGAACCCUAGCCCUAAUUUUAUCUAUCACCACUAUGUACUUCACCAUUUCGCUCAGUUUUCCCGCCAAAAUAAAAUUCCUAGCCCUUAUUUAACCUUCAUCAAGGAAAUCUCCACUAUUCCAAGCACAAAAGAAGAGAAAGAACAGAAGCGAAACAAUGGAGAGUUGCCAAAAAGAGGAGAGAAGUCUUGGAUUGAUGUCUAUUUGCCUAGACAAGUCAGGCCUUAUGCACAUUUAGCUAGGCUUGAUAAGCCCAUUGGGACCUGGCUUCUUGCUUGGCCUUGUAUGUGGUCAAUCUCAUUGGCAGCAGAACCUGGAAGUGUACCUAACUUUAAGAUGAUGGCGUUAUUUGGUUGUGGGGCUUUGCUUUUAAGAGGAGCUGGGUGUACUAUAAAUGAUUUGCUAGAUAGAGAUAUUGAUACGAAGGUCGAAAGGACAAAGCUAAGGCCAGUUGCCAGUGGUCUUUUGACGCCAUUUCGAGGGCUUUGUUUUCUUGGUUUUCAAUUGUUUUUGGGUCUUGGGAUUCUUCUUCAACUGAAUAAUUAUAGCCGUAUUUUGGGAGGUUCAUCCUUGUUGCUAGUCUUCUCAUAUCCCCUUAUGAAGAGAUUUACAUUUUGGCCUCAAGCAUAUCUUGGUUUAACAUUCAAUUGGGGAGCUUUACUGGGUUGGUCUGCAGUUAAGGGGAGUCUGGAUCCAGCUAUUGUGGUACCACUAUAUGCUAGUGGAGUAUUGUGGACCCUGGUGUAUGAUACAGUAUAUGCUCAUCAGGAUAAGGAAGAUGAUCUUAAAGUGGGUGUUAAAUCGACGGCCUUGAGAUUUGGGGAUUCAACAAAGGAGUGGAUCACUGGGUUUGGAACUGCAUGCAUUAGUAGUCUUGCCCUCUGUGGAUUCAAUGCGGAUAUUGGGUGGUCAUUUUAUGCAUUUCUGGCAGCUGCUUCGGGUCAAUUAGCUUGGCAAAUAUGGACGGUUGACCUAUCAUGCCGGGCUGAUUGCAAUAGAAAAUUUGUGUCAAACAAAUGGUUUGGUGCCAUUGUUUUUAGUGGCAUUUUAUUUGGUAGACUUUGGUCAUAGAGAUAUUUUUGAAAAAU